AUGCCGGUUAUUUUGAUCGGUGGUGAAAUAAAACUUUGUGAGGUUAUGCAGCUUCAACGGACACCUAGCGUUGUCAAUUCAGAUAAUAAUAAUCAUUAUGAUAAAUUGUUAUUAAAUAAUAUUGCGUGCAAGACAAUGGGAAGUAGGACGAUUAAUUCAACGGUAUUGCAUAAUCGGAGUUUUCUUCAUGGUGAUAUUGUCGUUGUCAGUGAUGAUAAGCAUAAUAACAAAAAUACAAUUGACAGUUUAGCUCUGAGGAGAGCCAGCUUACCACUCCAGUUGGUGCCAAAUGAUAUUGUUUGCAUUGAUAAUAAUACUGAUUUUAUAAGUGACGACAAUGAUUCUUCUGUUUCAUUCUCUGUUUAUGACUCCUCAACUUCAAUUGUUUCCCAACUGGAUUCAAAGGAUGGUGAUGAUUCGUGGGAAAAUAAGACUGAGACAAAGCUAGACCAUAAAUUUACAAUAACACGCCCUAAAAGAUACUGCCCGUCGUCAAAAUUUGGAUCCAACAGUAAUAAAAAAAGGUUCAUUGUUAAACCAAGAUGGAUUUUUACUCGAACUGUUUUACACUAUGUGCCUAAACAUAAACGUACUAGGAAAUUAAUAAAUAAUAUAUUGCCCAUAAGUAAAUACAAAGAUACAAACAAGGAUAAUAAUAAACAAAACAAUAGUAAUAAUAAUAAUAAUAAUAAUAAUAAUAAUAAUAAUAAAUACAAUUGGCCAAAACGUAAUGUGUCAUUACCAUCAAAUUUUGUUCAUGUAGCAGGUGUGAGAAGAUGGUCUUGGUUAGAAAAUGUUGAUGAUAAUUCAAUGCAAAUUAUUAAUCACAAAGAGAAAUGUGCGACUCUAACGUUGAUAAACGAUAAAAGAAAGAAUAGUCUUAUACAAAUGGGUGAUGACGAUGAAUUUAUUUGUAAGAGAAGUUCAUCGGCGGAAACUCUAGUUGGUGAAAAUAUUAAGGAACCUGUUACGAUUUUUAAUAAAAGACAAACAACGGUAUCCAUCACUGGGAGUUCUAGGAGAAAUUCUGACGAACAUCUCGUCAAAACAAACAACGAAUCAGAUGACACGUACGACGAUGUGGGCGUACCAGAAUUAUGUGUAAAUGGAUCAGUGAAUUAUGAAGACGAACAAGUUUAUGAUGAUGUUAUGCUUGUACGUGAUUCUUUGCCAGUUAAAGUACCUACAAUUGAGAAAGAAAAUAGUGGUAGUAGUUGUAGCAGCAGUGGUAGUGGUAAUGAGCAUGACAAGAAUGCCGAUAAAGUUUCAGCGAAUAAAGCGCAAGUCGUAAAUGGAAGAAAUUUUAGAGAAAUUGAGAAAGAAGAAUAUAAAGAAGAACACGAUUUGAUAUAUAUGAGAAAUAAUUAUUCAACAGUAGAUGAGGAUGCUGAUGAUGAGGUUACUGUUUACGAUGAUGUAGGUGUUGUUUUAUGUGAAUCUCGCGUUAAUAGUAUUUAUGCUGGCUCCAUUAAUAUUGGUCAACUAGAUCCGUCGAAAGAAUCUGAGUGGGAGGAUUUGGAUGAAAAUUCAUCUAUAAACGGAUUGUCUAAAAAUCUACGAGCGCUAUUAAGAAAUGCAUCUGAUAAUCAAAAUGCGUGGAGCAAUAAAAAGAAAUCGGGACAAAGACGUACGCGGAAAGUGCGUCGUCAAAGAUCGAAAGCAUCGCGAAAGAAUUCAGCACGCUCGACCAACCGAGUGUCUCGACCGUCCACUGUCUCUGUGGCUGUCAGCCUUGGUACGGGAUCGGUUCUCAUCGUUGGACCAACAGCGAGUGGGGAAGAUACAAAUCCACAGACGUGGAGGGAUUGUGGACCAACGAACCUCAAGGAUGUCAACCAUCUGAAAUGUACCACUCUAGAUCAACUAACAACGACAACUUGUACUUCAUCUUCUACGACUACAACUAAAAAUUUUAAGGGGACAAACAACGCACAAGGAUUGGUCCAGCUUAGAACUGUUGAGAGCGAAGAUGGAGAUGAAGCACUCGUGGACAUCCAGGAGACGUCCUGCUACGUUCUUGAAGGUUUCUUCGAAGGAGAUUCUUCUGCGAAUACGGGCUCAGACGAUUCAAACUACGAGACACUGUAUUCAUUUGAGCCGUAUGAGUCUAAUCAAGUGGAUCCAAUUAAUAGUGGAAGUCAAUUAUUCAAUUCAUCAGACGGUAAAAGUAAUAAAAAUUUAACUGUGGACUUAAUUGAUGAAUCGACGAGAGAACGAAUUAAUUUGAGUGCUCCACUAAGACCGGUACCACCGCCGCCAAGAGAAUCUAGUCUCACUGGGACAUUUGGGAAACGUAUGAAGAUGUUGAAACGUACCUGGAGUAUUACUAAAGGAAGCUUAGGACGCAUGAGAAGAAGAACUUCUGGUUCUAUGGAAACAGACUCAAAUACGGAUGACUUUAAUACCAAAUCCAGUCAAGUGUUUAACUUCAAAAAACAUUUUCAACGUUCCAGUGCGGCAAUGUCAACAUUUUAUCUCGACAACGAUAAUGAUACAAGUGUCAGAAAUAAUAACAAUAAUAAUAAUAAUAAUAAUAGUGCGAGUACCAGUACUAGUUGUGAUGAUAUUUAUGAAAACAGCUAUUGGAUUAAUGCUAAUUACUCAAAACGUGAUGGAAAUGCAGUUGAUGACUACAAUAUAUUAUCGGAAGAACCGCUGUAUCAAUUUUAUGCGGCCUCGACAUUCCGUGGUGCUUUUCAAUCAGAUUCAGACAGUUAUGGUGAUACCGAAGAUUCAUUGCCGUCAGCUUCCGAACUGGAAGCCAAAUUUGAAAUAAUAACUUCUGAAGCAUCAUAUUUAAAUUCUUUGCGAGUAUUAGUUAAUGAGUUUCUGAUAAACCAUGAGCUGGUCUACGAAGCACUGUCAGCAACAGACCGUGAAAAAUUGUUUGGCAGUGUACCGAGUGUUUUGAUAGCAUCGGAAAGACUUUUAGCGGAAUUAGAGAGUGUGUGGCGUGCUGAUCCGAUGUUAAAAGGUCUUCCGGAAGUGUUACUUAAACACGCAGAACGUUGCUCCAAAAUAUACACGGACUAUUGCUCAAAUCAAGUUAGCAUUGACUUGACGUUGAAAGAACUUCGUUCUAAGAAAUCAUCAAAAUUUGUAGAAACCGUUAAUCGAAUAGAGUCCCAUCCAGCUUGUCAGAGUCUGUCGCUUCACUCAUUCCUGAUGUUACCGAUGCAACGAGUCACAAGACUGCCAUUACUCGCCGAUGCGGUGCUGUCGAAACUGUCGACGGAGCAUGAAGAACGGCUCGAUUGGGAAAAAGUUCUGUCUGUACUCGGGCGAGUCGUUACCGAGUGUAAUGAAGGUGCAAGACUCGCCGGAAGACAAAUUGAAAUGGCUUCACUGGCUAAAAAAAUUGAGUACACGACUAAGGUACCGUCUAUUGAUUUGCGUGAUAGGUAUCUGGUACGAAGCGGCCCUGUUACACAGAUACUCGCUAAGCCUGGUACUGAGUAUGUACUGACAUUUAGAAAAAAAUUUCACAAGACACCGCUUUAUCUUUUGCUUAAUCAAGAUGAAGUAUAUUCAGUGAUUGAUUCGUGUAAAAGAAGCCUUAUUGCUCUAGAAAAAGUUCCUGAUGAUUCGCCUUUCGCUGGACGACAUGCGAUGAUUUUAACAUUACUCGACAAUUACUGCAGUCGGCAUGUCGAAUAUAUUUUGUCUUGUCAAAAUGCUACUGAAAGAGAGAGGUGGCUUGAUGCAGUGUCACCGCCAAAACCAAAUUUAGUUGGUGAAACUUUGUAUGAAACAUGGGAUUGUCCACAAGUUAUGGCUUUGUAUUCUUACACUCCAGUACAACCCGAUGAAUUAUCACUUCAACCAGGUGACAUGAUAAACGUUCUCAAAAAGAUGGCUGAUGGGUGGAACCUUGGAGAAAAACUAGUAGGUGGUGAACAAGGCUGGUUUCCUGGUAAUUAUACUAAAGAAGUUGCUUCUGAGCAUGUACGUGCUAAAAAUCUGAGACAGAGACAUCGACUUCUUGCGCUCAGCGAGAGCCUUUUACAGCAGUACGCUAAACAAUCGUGUUGA